AAUGGAAUAUUUCAGUAUAAAGGUCUUCAUCCGCGGGCGGAGUCUGACAAGUGACAAUUCACAUCAUCAUCACACUCCGCUCGAAGUCGAAGUGACUGUUGCUUUUUUCCUCCCCUGCGGAGUCCCGCGCGAGUGAUUCUAGGGUUUAUGCUGGAGAAAUGGCGACGCGGGAGAGGGAGCACGUUUACCUCCCCCUCAAAGAUGCGUUGGAGUGCGUCGGCGUUAAGAUCAACCUCUUCGCCGUUGUUGCUGAGAUCGGAGCCAUCAUCCGCAGCAGAGGCACCGAUUAUGUUCUUACUUUAAAGAUAGUGGACCAGUCUCUUCCAAUUCUUGGAAUUUCAGUAAAUUUCUUUGGCGAUGACGCUACCAGAUUACCCCAUGUGAAGGCAAAUGGCGAUAUUAUUUGUUUACACAAUGUUAUGAUGAAGGCUUAUAAUGGAAAUCACUAUUGUCUUUACAAUAAGAGGUUUUCUUCAUUCGCACUAUUUGAAGGUAUAACUAGCAUCGGCAUCAAUCCGUAUGAAAUUUCUUCGAAAUACUGCAGAAGUGAUGGCGAUAGUGCACUCUUAUUAGAAUUAAGGAGAUGGUCGAUUGAUCACCUGCCUACUGCAGCCUUAAAAGAAUCUACACUGCAACUGAGGAGUGUGAAAGUUGGUGUUGUUUUUGAUCUAGUAUGCAAGGUUCUUCAUGUCUGUGAAACUUCUAAUGGCGGACGAAUACUCUUUGUUUGGGAUGGAACUGAUGCUCCUCCUCUACAGUUUCAGGGAAACCUAGACAAUGGACUAGACCAAGAUCCAUUGCAUCUUGAAGAGCUGCCUUUGUCAAGGGAGGUUUUAUGUUCAUUUCCUCCGGUUGGGACAGUCUUAAGGGUAUUUUCUAACAAGGUUUUCAAAGAGUUCUCACAUUUGCAAGAAAGCCAACAUUGGGUUAGACUAUGCAAUAUGAACUGUGAGGUGCUAUCUGGGGUGUGGAAAGGCAUUCUAGGGCCAUCCAGUAAAGUUCGUCUUUUAUCUAAUGUGGAUGACUCUGUAUUGGACUCUCUCAUGAAUUAUGAUGAACGGAUGAUGUCAAGUGCAAAACGUGUACCUUUGACGUGCUUCCCUGCGCCUUCUCAUAUUUUAGAGGUUAAUCAUGAGAAUGCAGUGUAUUCAACACUAAUGGAUUCUCUCACCCAUAAUGAGAUAGUUCACAGGUCGAAGUGCAUUGUUCGGGUGGUGGCUGCCUGUCCUUGGCAUGUUGAGCACCUACGCUCUCCUGUGACAGGACGAUACCGGGUCAAAGUGACUCUUGAAGAUCCAACUGCAAGAAUUCAUGCAUACAUUGUCAGGGAAGAUGCAGCUAGAUUUUUUGGUGCUAGUCCAGAGCAAGAUUUAGCUCACAAUAUGAACGCGCUACUUGGUAUAGCUGAAGGGGCUAGUGGCGAGGGAGGCAAUUCGACUUAUAGAGAUCCACCAUGGGUGUGGUGUUGCUUGAGGUCCUAUUACUUAGAAGAAAGUGAUCCAUGGGGUACUAGAAGGUACCGGAUAUGUGACACCGAGCUUGUUGGUUAAAUAAUAGGAGACGAUAAAGACUUGCUUUUGAGGAGUUGAAUGUUGUAGAAGAUGAGCAGCAGACCUAGUGCAGUGCAUUUUGGUGGACAUCUUGGAUCUGAACUAAAAUCUCAGCUUUUUUUUUUAAGCAAGGAAUGGUGCGCUAUCAAGAAGAAUCGUAGGAAGAAUAUACAGUUCAUUUUGGAGCCUCUGAAUGUAUUUAAAUUUCGUUAUUUGAGUAUUAACUAUUACCUGUUUAAGGGCUAGAGUUCUCUAUCAAAGCUUUGCAUUUGGUAGGAGAUGCUCUUCAGUGCUAAGAGGCUUGUAAGACUCUGGGAAUAGUUCUUUACGAUCUGCUGUUGUAUAGGAUAGUUUUGUGUCAGUUUGGAGGCAUCCUGUACAUAAAAUUUUUUGGGAAUGUUGUGAAGCAUGAUCAGGUAGGAAUCUGCCGAACUUUCCUACCUAACGUAGAAAAUAUCAAAGAAAUGUAACCCCUGCAUAAUCAGUCUGCUAUACUUAUGCCUGUGCAAAAACUAAA